UUAAAUGAUGGGCUGUCCGAGGCGAAACCCAACAUAGAAGGCCCGACCCCCGGCCCGUUUACUUGCCUCGGCACUUUUUUUUUUUUGCUGGUGUCUUGAUCUCUGUUUACACCAGUGCACUGUAUCGUUCCUUCUCCGAACGCUGCGUCUCGGUCGAUCACUGAAUUCCAAGGCUUUACUUGCUGCCUCAUUUUAUUCAGGUUUCUGGUGUUAUUUGGAGUUCAUUGGUGUUGGUUUAGUGAUUAAGGCACCUGCCUUCAUCUUAUGAAAAAAUGUGGAAUCUGACAAUGUUGCUCUGCAUCCUGUGGGUGGUGAGCCUUCUUUACGGCGAGAUGUUGACAUUUUGGGUGCCAUCUAUAUGGUCUUGUUCAUGGCCUCCUCUUCUCCGAUCCACGUCCUUAUCCUCCUCGGCAAUGGAAGCACAACAUCCAGGUAAUUAUGUGAAAAUUGCUGUUGUUGCAGAUCCACAGCUCAUGGACAAAACCUCUCUUGGUCUUCCACCAAAAUCUCUUGCUCUUGAGAUUUCGCAGUUCUACACCGACUUGUUCAUGCGCAGAGCAUUUCUUGCAUCUAUUUUGCCUUUAAAGCCUGAUGCCAUCUUGUUUUUGGGUGAUUAUUUUGAUGGGGGGCCUAGUCUAUCAGAUGAAGAAUGGAAGGAAUCUUCGAGUCGCUUUAAACAUAUUUUUGAUCUAAAGACUCAAGGAAAAAGAAACAUCCAAGUAUACCACCUGAGUGGAAACCAUGACAUUGGCUAUGCAAGUGUCCUCUCUCAUAAGCCAGAGUGCUGGUUUAGGGUGUGGUGCAUGGGUGUUUGCUCUUUUGAAGGAAAGAAAUUGCAACUGGAGUGGUGGAGGCCUGAAGCUGGUUGUUUCAGGGAAGGGGCCUAUGCAAAAGAAUUCUGGGUGAGAUUGAUUAGACUACCAUUGCACUUGUGGGGUAAGGACUUCUUUACGAGGGUGGGUGAUGCUCGUGGAGGUUUUGUGGCUGUGGAUAUGGAUACAACAGAGAGACGCCAUUUACAAUGGGCAAGAAUUCUGGUCAUCUCCAACAGAAGGAGGGUCCCCGGGAUCCUACAUGUGGUGGUGGAGUCUUCAGUCUUUGUCCUUGAGUCAUGGUGGGAGAUCCCACCAUGGGUGUUGGUGGUUAUUUCAACGGAGGGUUGCAGGGUAAUGGAGGUUAGGGAUGAUUGUGAGGGGAGGCCACGCACAGAGUGGAGUGUGGGGAUUGAGGUUUGGAAGCGUGCAAAAAGAUUGGAGCUGCCCAAGAAUCGUUUGUGUAUUGCUCAAGUUUCAGUUGGCACACCUUUUUCUGCCUACAGCAGAGAUUUGGGGGCUGGUGGGCAGGUUGAGGGAAUGGUCUUUAGGCCUCUAUUUUGGCUCAAGUGGGGCUGGUGGGCCAAGCAGUAUCAAGGCCUCUUUCUCCUACAGGCCGGGAGGUGGGAGGCCUUGAGUGCCUUGGUUGUCAGGCGCUAUGAACAAGAAUUUGGUAUCAGGAACUACCGAUUUACUGUUGGAAAAGUGGAGUUCGUUGUUGUUGAUGCUCAAACUCUAGAUGGGCAUUCACAAGGAAGCUUGACCUCUGCAUCCUGGGAUUUUAUCAAAAAUGUCUCCAUGGAUGUUAACUUGAAUCCGAGGGUUCUUUUAACCCAUAUUCCGCUGUAUCGUCCGGACUGGACAACCUGUGGUCCUUAUCGUUAUUCCCCAGUCAUUAAUCAGAGAGUUUUUCGUGCUAUUCACGAUCAAGAAAUAGUGUACCAGAAUUAUAUAACUGAAGAAAAAUCAAAGUACUUGCUGGACUUGCUCAGACCUGUACUCAUCCUGUCUGGUCAUGAUCAUGAUCAGUGUACAGUCACCCACAUGUCAAAGCAUGGGCCUGUAAUGGAGCAUACUGUGGGGACUAUAAGUUGGCAGCAAGGGAACUUGUAUCCAUCUUUCAUGCUAUUAUCUGCAAGUAAUGAUACAAUACAAAAUGACUCCAGUCUACAAGAUGCAAUCUCCACUCAGCUGUGCUUUCUUCCCAUGCAGACACAUAUUUAUAUAUGGUAUCUUUUUCAAUUUGUUCUGACCCUUCUUGCCCUCCUCCUCUGGCCAACAAAUGGCUUGGGCUCUUGGCGCCACUGUAGGGUUUUCAUGGAGUAUACCAGAAGUCUAAUAAGUAGUAACAUCCUCAGAAGUGGAGCAAAAGAAAAAAAUGAAGAUGAGAACUGUGAGUACGAAAUGAUUUGGGAUGCAGAAGGAUCCAUGCAUCUUGUCAAAAAAACCUCCAAGGCCCCUCUUACACGCUCAAGUGAGAGGGGUUUGUCAGAAAGGGGUAAUGCUGUGAUGCGGUCAACAGCUAAAAGGCAGAUCUCUCAGGAGACGGAGCUCUCUACAGCUGUGGACAUGAACAUGGAUGUGGAAUUGGAUAUGAUGGCAAAAUUACCACCCAGAGCAAGUAAAUCAAGGACAAAGAAGGUGAUUCGUAGGUUAAUGCGUACACUACGAAUGCUUACAGUCAUUGCUGCUGUGAACGUCCCACUUUACAUGAUGUUGCUUUUCAAGGAUUGGACUGAGCAAUAACAUCAAAGCUGAAUAUUUUAGCUUGGUUCAUUGGUUGGUUCCUGCACAAUACAUAAAAAGAUCCCACACUAUAGUUAAAGAGCUGCAUGAGGUUCAAGCAGUUAAAGCUUCGAAAGGAUGAGCUUGAGCCACAUAUUUUCUUCCACUGGACUUACUAUUUUCAGCCAACUUGAUCCCCAGUAUGGUUAGUGCUGCCAAUGGUUUGUCCACCUUAUGACAUUAGCGUUACCAAGUGGCACGCAUGUGGGCCCCACCUUGAAGGGGCUUGGGCUUAAUUGUUUAGAGGGUAUAUUAAGGGUAGGAUAAGGAUGAUGCAUGUAUCAUGUUAGUUCACCAUUUUUCUUGUUUCAAAGAUUUGAGACUAAUGGGUUGCUUCAGGACAGCAGGCCACUUCCACUUGCCUAGAAUGUGGAAGACUUUCUGAUCAGGUGUUUGUUAAAAUUUGCCCUUGUAUAACAAGUUUGGUUGAAGCC